AUAACUGACUUCAAACCUCACCAGAGAAUAGGUGUGUGACUGAGGGGUUACAGUUGUGAAUUUUUGAAGUUCUUACAUAAAACAGUACAUUUUCCAAAUAAUUAUGGAGCCCUAUGAUGUCAUAAUUAAUCAGCCUGUAGUUAUCGAUAACGGUUCAGGAGUAAUCAAAGCAGGAUUUGCAGGUGAUCAGAUACCAAAAUGCAGAUUUCCCAACUAUAUUGGAAGACCCAAACACGUUCGUGUUAUGGCUGGUGCUUUGGAAGGAAAUUUGUUUAUGGGUCCAGUCGCAGAAGAACAUCGUGGCCUUUUAUCUCUCCAUUAUCCAAUGGAACACGGAGUUGUUACAGACUGGAAUGACAUGGAAAGAAUUUGGUCUUAUGUAUAUGGUAAAGACCAAUUAGCUACGUUUUGUGAAGAACAUCCAGUCUUACUGACAGAAGCACCUCUUAAUCCAAGAAAAAAUCGUGAAAAAGCAGCAGAAAUAUUUUUUGACACAUUCAAUGUACCAGCUUUAUUUAUCUCAAUGCAAGCAGUACUUAGUCUAUACGCUACAGGACGAACGACAGGAGUUGUUUUAGAUUCUGGAGAUGGUGUCACGCAUGCAGUACCUAUUUAUGAAGGUUUUGCUAUGCCUCAUAGUAUUAUGAGGAUCGAUAUAGCAGGACGUGAUGUUACAAGACAUCUUCGACUUCUUCUACGUAAAGAGGGUAUUAAUUUUAAAACAACAGCAGAAUUUGAAAUUGUUAGGACAAUUAAAGAACGUACAUGCUAUCUCGCUAGUAAUCCUCAGAAAGAGGAAACAAUCGAUACAGAGAAGCUUCAAUAUGUAUUACCGGAUGGAAGCUACUUAGAGAUUGGUCCAGCUCGGUUUCGAGCUCCUGAAGUUCUCUUUAGACCAGAUCUGAUUGGCGAAGAAUAUGAAGGACUCCACGAAGUGUUAACAUAUUCCAUUCAAAAGUCUGAUAUAGACUUGAGGAAAGUAUUAUUCCAGAACAUUGUCUUGUCAGGAGGAUCAACACUAUUCCGCGGAUUUGGUGACAGACUGUUAUCUGAAAUUCGUAAAGUGGCACCAAAGGAAGUAAAAAUUAGGAUAUCAGCGCCUCAAGAACGAUUAUAUAGCACCUGGAUUGGUGGGUCCAUUCUAGCUUCUUUAGAUACAUUUAAGAAGAUGUGGGUUAGUAAAAGGGAAUACGAAGAAGCCGGUAUGAGAGCGAUUCAUCGUAAAACGUUCUGAAUGUAAUUUAGAAAAAUCGAAAAUUUCAAUGACACAUAAAUUAAGUACAACACAUAAAUAAUGGCACACUCGGCACAAAGAUCGACAUGUUCCGUGUUGACAGUGCUUUUCUAAUGCUUUUAAUAUUGCAAUUUCUUUUAAAAUGCGUUUGAACUUUCUCUUUCGAACGAGAAUAAUACUCCAAGGAAUCACGAAACAUGCAUGCAAUAUGAUUUAUUUUAUAAUUGAAUAGUUGUAAAAAAAUCAUGAUAUUUAUUUUCAGUUGUAACUAUACAAUAAAUUUUUUAUUUCGUUUUCACGAAAUUUCUAUUAUUUAUUAUGGUUCCUUGGAUAUGUACAUAGAAAAAUUUCUAAAUUUCAAUAUGUUUAGUGAAAUUAAAUUCCGUAUUUAUUUAUAAAUUUGAAAUUGUUUAUUUUUGAAAUACUACAUCCAUAAUAUGUAUGUAUUUAUGUUUUUUAUACUAUUUAUAGUUUUAUUAUAUUUAAUAUAACAUAGCGAUCAGUUUUUAUUGAACUAAACAAAUUUAAGUGCUUUAGUCGAUCGAUUUAACGUUAUAAUGAAAGGAUAAUGUAAUUUCUACCUGCAGUAACAAUUUUGCAAAGUAUUUGUAAAUAUGCUUUGGUAAAAUAAAUCUAUAAACAUUUA